UAAUAUCUAUCUUUCUAAGUUAUUCAAUAAUUUCUUUGAUGAUCAUUGUUGAUCUUAGUAUUCAUAUUUCACAUAUAAAUAAUUUUCUUUUGUUUUUGUUUUCCUUUUGCUUUUUAUACUAAGAAUCGAAUCGAGGGGUGAUUGUUACAUAAACUAAAUUAUUAAGGAAUUAUAAUUUUUAAAUUAAUUUAUAUUAUAUAAAAGAUGCCUGAAAUAAAAUAAUCUCAUAUUGAAUGGAAUAAAAUAAGACAUUUCAAUACUAAUAUUUGAUAUUAAAUUUAUAUCAUAUUUUAAUAAUGAUGUAAAUUAGUCUUCAAAUAAAAUUUUUUAUUCCAUCAAUCAAAAAUUCUACUCAUAAACUUAUUAUCAAACUUAAUGAUGAGUAUUCCACUUAAACAAGCCUACCAAACCUAAGAGUCUUUGAGCAUCUCGUUGUUUCCAAUAGUAGGUAGGCCUGAAAGCUUUUAUUAGAGAAGUCUACCUACCAGCGCCGCCAUGGAUGUAACUGUCGAGCUCCAAAAUUUCAUUCGUGUAUGGUUUGCAGCUAUUGGAGCUUUAUGCUAUUGUUACUACUGCGUUACCCACAUUCCUACUGGCAUUCUUAGACUUCUCUUUGUUCUUCCAGUCAUCUAUUUCUUCCUUGUACUCCCUCUCGAUCUUUCUUCCUUCCAUCUUGGUGCCCCCACUAUUUUCUACCUCGUUUGGCUUGCCAAUUUCAAGCUCCUCCUCUUUUGUUUCGAUCGUGGACCUUUAUCCUCUUACUCUUCUUUGCCUCUUCUUCAUUUCCUCUCCAUUGCUCUCCUCCCUGUCAAACCCAAACACGGUAUCAGAGAUGGAUCUAGAAUUUCAAGUCGACCGCGUUUGUUUUGGGGGAAGAUUAUUCUUUUGGGAGCUAUUAUUGGGGCGUAUAGUUACAGAGAGUUUUUACCUUCGCAUGUAAUAUUGGUUCUUUACUGCAUUCAUAUUUAUAUAGCAGUGGAGUUAGUCCUCGCAAUUACAGUUGUUCCAGUACGAGCUCUACUCGGGCUAGAAAUCGAGCCUCAAUUCAACGAUCCAUACCUCGCCACCUCACUUCAAGAUUUCUGGGGCCGUAGAUGGAACCUCAUGGUGCCUGGCAUUUUACGUCCAGCAGUGUAUUUCCCUAUCAGCGCUAUUUCAGCGCGUGUUUUAGGGAAGGAACUGGCUAAACUGCCAGCAAUUUUCUCUACAUUUUUGGUGUCUGGCCUAAUGCAUGAGUUGAUUUACUAUUACCUAUCGCGCGCGAGACCUACAUGGGAGGUGACUUGGUUCUUUGUAUUACAUGGGAUUUGUUUGUGUAUUGAGGUUGUUGUGAAGAAAUAUUUGGGUGGCGUAUGGCAGAUGAAUAGAGUGGUAUCUGGUGUACUCACGUUGGCGUUUGUGGCUUGGACUGGUAAUUGGCUAUUUUUCCCACAGAUUAUUAGGAAUGGGUUAGACCAAAAAGCCAUUAAUGAGUACUACGUUUUGGUAGAUUUGGUCAAAGAUAAGUUGCUUUCAGUUUUUGGAAUUUAGAUUUUUGUACUAGUUGCUUGUAAGUGUACUCAGAUUGGGAUGGAGUUAGCUCCAUUUUUUCCCAGAAAAACAUGGUACGCUGUUGCACUUUAGUAGUGACAUUCACUUUGACUAAUUUUGAAGCAAUUGGGUCAAUUCAUUUGCAUCUGAACAAGAAAGAAAUAAAACUGUAACGUCUAAAAUGGAAA